GCCCCCUGAAUGCCCUGGUACGGCCGAGAGUGGGGAGAGUCCGCUCUCCCUCUCGAAAUACUCUCACACGGCCACGCGUAUACAGCCUCUGCCAGGGAAGUCCUACUCAUUGCCUUCUCGUGGCGGGGGUGUUGUUUACGAAAAUGAGAGGACGAAAAGCGAAUGUCCGGCGCUUUAACCGGAUUCCAAAUCAAUGGUGCACAUGGGCUCCAGUAUCCUGCGGGAACGAAUGGCGUAUGAACCAAUCGUUGGUCACCGGCUACCAUGGGACUGCAUCUCCUUACGAUGCUCCACUGCCUUGUGGGUUAGACCUUUAGGUCAAAGGCUCGGGGAGUGGCCCCCUAAGAUAACCACCUGCUUCGGUUUGGGCACCCGGGCAGUAUCACAGCCCACACACAAAUGAUGAACGCUUUAUGUCUAUGGAAAUUACUUUUGUCGCUUUGAAGAACAAACAAUUGAUUCAGAUUAUUAUCAUUACAAUUAUUGUCAUUAUUAAUACUAAUAUUAUUAUUACUACUAUUAUUGUCAUUAUUGUUAUUAUUAUCAUUAUUAUUAUUAUUUUCCACAUUAUUCACCCUCUUUUAUACUUAUACAGCGGCUCGUCUUUGGUGGAAUUCCGACUGUAUCUAAACGUUCUCGAGUCACUGUCCGGUUGAAAAUUGUAUGUUACCACCGAAUACGAGGACUGAAGCAGAUUUUCUGAAACCACGUGCACCAUUCAAACUGGCUGCCUUCAACGUUCGCACAUUUAUGCAGGUCGGACAACAGAUAGGGCUGGCUAUGUCUUUGGAAAGUCUUAAUAUCGACGUGUGUUGUCUAUCCGAGACCCGUAUUCAAGACUCUGGCGAAGUACUACAAAUUCGAUCUCCAUCUGUCGCUUCGAAAAGCUUGUUUUACGUGCGCUUAUCCGGGGACCCUGUGGCAUCUUCGUCUGGUCUUGCUGGCGUUGGUGUCGCACUAAGCGCUAGAGCUGAGGCAGCACUAGUCGAUUGGAUCCCCAUUAACAGUCGGUUAUGUGCUGUUAGAUUAGAAAGUUCCAUCAAAGUGAGAAGAAAUCGGCGUGAGAAACGAUGUCUUUUCGUCAUCUCCGCCUAUGCCCCGACAGAUUGCAGCCCGGAUGCAAUCAAGGAUGAGUUUUACCACCAGUUAUCAGUUCUUCUCCAGAAAGUGCGUUCGACAGAUAUUGUAGUACUAGCCGGAGACUUGAAUGCUCAGGUCGGGCGUCUAGGCACAGAAGAGAGUCGUUUAGGUGGCCGAUGGGGACUCGUUGGUCGCAGGUCAGAUAACGGGGACGGGGACCGUCUACUGCAACUUUGCACAAACUACAACCUGUUUCUGGCUAGCACUAACUUUCGGCACAGUCAUCGCCGAUGUGCCACCUGGCGUCCUCCCUCUGCAUCUCAAGCCUGGACUCAGAUUGAUCACAUCGCGAUCAGCUACCGCUGGCGUGGUUGUGUACAAGACUGCUGCUCCUUUUGGAGUACCUAUCUGGACUCUGACCAUGCCUUGGUCUGCGCCAAUCUUGCCUUACUUUUCAGUGGACAACGAAGUGACCGCCAUCAACGGAUUGAUGUUAGCAAGCUGGUUGCAACUUCUGUUGCAAGUAAGUAUCGAACCGAGCUAGCCUCUAGGCUAGCUACCACUCCACCGAAAAGUAUAGAUGAGCAUUGGUUGCAAUUGCAUGACGCCAUGAAAAUGGCGGGAACAGUCAGUUGUGGGUUUGCGAAACGUCCCGCUUUUCAGCACUGGGUUUCUUCUGGUUCCUUACAACUCAUUGAAGCCCGUCGGUCUACUCCGGGUGACCGUGAGUUUGACCAUAAACGAAGGAUGUUACUUAAGGAAAUCGGGCAAAGCUUGCGUAAGGACCGAGAAGCCUGGUGGUCGAUGCGUGCUAAUGAGCUGGAAGCAGCAGCUGCAUCUGAUAGCUACCGGAAGCUCUUCCAACUUAUCCGAGCCACUGGCAGCAAGAAGUCUGGUGUGAGUGAAACAAUCUGCGAGGAUGAUGGGAUGCCAAUCACUAACAUCCAUCGACGUCUUGGACGAUGGGCAGAACUCUUCGAAGGGCAGUUCAACUGGCCUGCUGCUCCGGCAACAUCGGUCAGACUGUCCUGCCCUCCAUGGCCGGUGACGACUGAUCCACCAAAUGAGGAGGAAGUCCGCAAGGAACUCCAACUCUUGAAGCGUUACAAAUCACCUGGCCCAGAUGACUUACCUCCGGCUUUUUUUAAAGAUGGUGGUGACUUUUUGACUAAGGAAUUGACGACGUUGUUUACAAAGGUUUGGGAACUAGAGAGUGUACCAACGUCAUGGAAUGAGUCGAUAGUUGUCCCUAUCUUUAAAAAGGGUUCACGUCGUUCUUGUAACAACUAUCGGGGGAUAAGUUUACUUCCGAUUGCGUCCAAGCUAUUGGCUUCCGUCAUUCUUCGUAGGUUGUUCAAAACCCGAGAAAGAUUGACUCGCGAGGAGCAGGCUGGGUUUCGUUCUGGUCGAGGAUGUAUUGAUCAUAUCUUCACCCUCCGCCAAAUGUUAGAACACCACCAUACUUUUCAAAGGCCAACAAUCGUAGUGUUUCUUGACAUCAGGGCUGCCUUCGAUUCGUUGGACAGGACUGUUCUCUGGGAUUGUCUAUUGAAGAAGGGUGUGCCUGAGAAGUUUAUCAACAUCCUAAAAGCCCUGUAUAAAAACACCUCAGGCAGAGUGAGGGCAUACAACCACCUCUCUCCAUUGUUCCAUUCGAGCAGUGGGGUUAGGCAGGGUUGCCCAAUCUCACCAUUCCUCUUCAACUUUGCCAUCGAUGACAUUCUGGAAACAGCUUUGAUGAAUGUAAGUAAUGGUGGUGUGGAUCUGUUGCCUGGAGAAAGACUUCUCGACCUUGAGUAUGCGGACGAUAUUGUCUUAAUGUGCGAUAAUGCCCAAGGCAUGCAAUCCGCACUUAAUCAGUUGGCAAUCAAUGUCCGUAGGUAUGGUAUGUGCUUUGCACCUUCGAAGUGCAAAGUACUUCUACAAGACUGGCAGGAUUCUAAUCCUGUACUCACCCUGGACGGUGAGCAGAUAGACGUAGUCGAGAAGUUCGUGUAUCUGGGUUAUCAGAUAUGGCUCAGAAUAGAAGCCAGUGGCGAUCCUGCUGUAACCUUUUACUUUCUUCAUAAAAAGUGGUUGUGUCUCCCUUACCUGAAAGAUUUCUUCUGAUUGUACCUCUUCGUCAUUACUCUCUUUUUCUUUUGCGUUUCUUAGUUUUUUUUUCUUUCUACUUCUCUUCGAAUUCCCAUUGUUUUGUGUGGCGCAUAUAUAUUGGCGCUCUCUUGUACCAAUAUUUAUGUGUUCAAAUAAAUAAUAAUAAAUAAAUAAAUUCUAUACACAUUCGUUAAGUAAUUAUUUAUGCCUGUUAACCGUCGGGGAGAAGUAUGUGGAGCCCGUUAUUUUGUCGUCAUUUAUAUCGGACGAUGUCUGUUUACAGGCUCUCCACUUUAGUGGCCCGUGGAUCUGACUCCAGUUAGAUCGUAUGAAUGUUUGUUAUUAAAAAAAUACAUAUAUCGCAUAUUCUCGUAUAUAAUCAUCGACUUAAAUCGCGUUAGUCAAUAACGGAAUUGAAUAAGUCAUAACGAGAAUGGACUUGUGAAUACAUAUAUUUUGUAUAUGAAGCGAAUGGGAUAGAGAGAAGAGAAACGACGCGGAGUGGAGAUGGCGGGUAAGCCAACUUCCCUUUAGUCAAGCGUUAAUCAAUAUUUAUAGGCACACAAAAAUAAGUUACAGACAUGUGAUGAGUAAUGGGAUAGGAAGUGUACACACACCUACGCGCUCAUAUAAAAACAGUCAAGGUUGAUAAGCGAAUAAUUAACAAGGUCAGAAUUUGACUCAAGUAGAAUGAAUAGAUUGGGCUGUCCGAAAGCUAGGAUAAGGUAUAUGGGCUUAACAUAAUAACCGACACUACAAGUUUACUCCGUCCACCAGGAUUCCCCAUCGAAAUCUGUCCUCCUCUCGGAGUGCUUUCAAGUGCCAUUCAUUCUUUUGAUGUCUGCCUCCGGCUUUCGAAACAAUGAUUUUUGGUCUCCCUCUUUUCUGUUUUGAUUUCAGGGCUUGCCUCUUGAUGCAGUUCAAUGAUUUCCUCAAUGUGCCCUAUGCACAUGCAACGUCUUUUAAUAAUUAAAUCUUCAUCUAAGAGCUGGUUUGUUGUCCUCCAUAGUAGUUUGUUGCUGAUAGUGUCUGGCAAACGGAUAUGGCGUAUCCCGAAUAAAAAACAUAUGCAUACAUGUGUAAUAUUUAGGAUUGCUGCAAUGGUUCUCCAGGUUUCAGAUCCGUGCAAUAGAACUAUCUUGUCAUUUCUAUUGAAAAUUCCGACUUUGAUGUUGGUUGACUGUUGUCUUGAUUUUCAUGUGUUCUUAAGUUAUAGGAUUGUUGCUCGUACCUUGUUAGUCCUUACCUUUACAUAUGCAUCAGAUAUUCCCUGUUUGUCGACGAUGCUGCCAAGGUUUGUGAUAGUUUUCACCUCUUUCAGAGCUUAUCAAUCAAAUGUGAUUGCGUUGGUGUUCUCUGUGUUGUAUUUGGGGAGCUUUCUCUUUCCCUUGUGUAUGUUGAGGCCUUCUGCUGCUGAUACACUGUUUGUCUUGACCUGCAUUUGUUGAUGUGUAUGGGAUAGAGGGGCCAGGUAAUCUGCUAAGUCCAAAUCGUCUGGUUGCAUCCAACCUAUCCAUUUUAUUCUGUGGUCCCCAUCAGAUGUGGAUGUCUUCACAACAUCAUCGACCACCAGGAGGAAGCGAAAGGGCGGGAGUGGGCAGCCUUGUCUGACACCGGUUCUCACUUGGAAUGCAUCUGUCAACUGUCCUCCAUGAACGACUUUAUAGUGUAGUUUGUCGUAUGAAUUUCGUAUGAUGUUGACAAUCUUUUCAGCUACUCAAUUCAUAGUGUCGAAGAAGUUUCUAUAAUUUUCUCCUAUUGGCACUGUCAAUUGCUUUCUCAUAAUCAAGGAAGUUGGUGUAUAGUGACGAGUUCGAUGUAAUUGAUUGUUCAACGAUGAUCCGUAGUGUCACUAUUUGGUCUGUGCACAACCGAUCCUUACGGAAUCUGGUUUGUUGAUCUCGAAGUUGGGUGUCUGUUAAAUCUUUCAUACGAUUCAGCAACACUGUUGAAAACCUUUCCUGAUACUGAAACAAGUGUGAUUCCUCUGUAGUUCUCACAUUUGCUCAGAUCUCUUUUUUUUCGUAUCUAUAUGAAAUAUCCUCCUUUCACUUCUAUCGGGACUCUCAUUUUUCCUCCCAAAUCUUAUUGAAUAGAACGUAGAUCGUCUUUUCACUUAUCUCUCUGUCUGACUUUAAGAUGUAAACUUAUGAGUUCAACUGUUUUCCUAUUGUGUACUUUAAGUAUAUAGUCAAUAGACUCUUAUGAGACAUUCAAAAAAUUUUCCUAUUGAUGUUUAGGACUGUAAUUGAGCAGUCCAUUUAUUUAAAUGAUUCUAUGUAUAUAAAAUGAAGAGUAAACAACAACAAAUAAUUGACUUCAUCUUACAAUAUUUAUUAUUCUUGUCUUACAAUAAAAAUGAAGAACUUGUCAUUUUUACAACAUGAUGGGAACAACAUUCGAUGAUUCUUUUUUUGUUUUCUUGAAAGAGAAAAUCUCAAUUUUCAUUAUCAAAUAAAUAAUUUCAAUGAAUAUCUGAUAAAUAAAAGUUGAUGAAUUGAUCUAUCUAUUUGACGAUGUUGUAUAAGUUAUUGAAUCUAUUGUCAAUUGUUUAUUCAUUCAUAAAUGAAUUUUGCUCUGCAAUACUAUUCAAUAAUAAUAAUAAUAAUUCCGAUCGAACUAAAAAAACUCGCCUACGUUACAUUUGUUUAUUAAAAGAAAUUAAUCAUC